UGAAACAUAUGGAGGGAGCCAGAGAGCUCUAGAAACUGUCAUUUAAUGUCCAAUUCCCAAGUCUAUAAAUCACAUUCCACAACACCAUUGCUGUGUGUAUUCGUGUGUGUAAUUCCCUAACAAACUCAACAAGAUGUGGCAGCGAACUUUCGGCAAAAACGACGUCGAAUCAGGCGCAACUCAGCCUCUCUAUCCGAUGAUGCUCGAGUCGCCGGAGCUCCGGUGGAACUUCAUCCGCAAAAUAUACUCGAUCGUCGCGUUCCAGUUACUUCUCACCGUGAUUAUCGGCGCUAUUGUCGUCUCCGUCAAGCCAAUUUCAACUUUCUUCACUACAACUGGCGCUGGAUUGUUCUUCUAUAUACUUCUUAUCAUCACUCCCUUCAUCGUUUUGUGUCCGUUAUCGUAUUAUUAUCAGAAGCAUCCGGUGAAUUUCAUACUUCUCGGAGUGUUUACGGUUGCUAUUGCGGGUGCUAUUGGAUUGACUUGUGCUUAUACAAGCGGAAAGGUGAUCUUGGAAGCUGUUAUCUUAACAGCUGUGGUGGUAGUGAGUCUUACACUGUACACUUUUUGGGCGGCAAAGAGGGGAUAUGACUUCAAUUUCUUAGGUCCAUUCCUCUUUGGUGCCAUUAUUGUCCUUAUGGUUUUCAGCUUCAUUCAGAUAUUCUUCCCCCUCGGGAGGAUUUCAGAGAUGAUCUAUGGUUGUCUAGCUUCAGUUAUAUUUUGUGGAUACAUUGUCUACGAUACAGAUAACCUAAUCAAGCGCUAUACUUAUGAUGAUUACAUCUGGGCUUCAGUCUCACUGUAUUUGGACAUCAUCAACCUCUUUCUUUCGCUGCUUACUGUUUUUAGAGCUGCUGACAAUUAGAUGUCAUUUGUCAAAGUGUUGUAGUCUCUUUCUUUGCUACUAUUUUAGUAAAAAAACAUUGUGAAUGUAAGUUGUACUUGUUAUACAUGUAUUUGUAUUUAGACUACCUGUGCAUCUGAAUGAAGUAAAAAAUUUUGUUGUUCAUUUAA